UUAGAAAUAGGCACAAGGUCCUGAGCGUAGGCUUACGAAGACGGGUGAUAAGAGCCCAACGCAAACGUCUCCCCCAACACUGACGCGAGACCAUGUCUUCGAGCUGCGACGGCCGGCGGGUGACCCCCGCGCUCCACUUUACCCGCUUCGACACGGCAUUGCGGAAGAAGGCGGCGGCCAAUAUUUUCGAGAACGUGAACCGCGACGGGCUCGUGCGGCUCUUCCAGCGCAGCGGCGAUUCUCGCGCCGAGGAGCGCGUGCACAGCAUCUUCUGCCACGGACAGGAGCCCGAGGAGCGCUCGCGAGCCCUCAUGGCCCUGAGGUCUAGGCGGAAGGACAAGUUGCUGCGCAUCACCGGCUUCACCAGGAGGACCAUGAGGCUGCACUGAGUGCGAGCUGAGUUCCAGGAGGCCUUCUGGAGGAGGAAGAUCGAAAGAGGAGAUCCAAGAAGGCGUGGAGGAGGAGUGACUGGCCCAAGGAGAGAGGUGCACGGUUCUGACAGACUGGUGGAAGGGCGUCAGUGGACCUUCCUCAUGACAUGUGCUUCACAACUACUUUUCCCCUCAACCCAGGCUGUAUGGUGCACAGACUGGCUGAAGGACUUUGAGGAGACCUCACUCCAUAUUGGAAACCCUCAGAGGAGCUCCCUGUCCCGUGCGCACACGCGGGGAGCUGCACACUGCACUGUGAUGAAGGACCUUUGCAGAAGCUCUCCAGGUGGAUUGCUCUGCAGAAUAUGCACAAAUGCAAAGUGUGUGUGUGUGUUAUGACACUAUUGACCAAAUUCACUGUUCACUGACAGCACUGACUUCUUUCACCAAGUGAAAGGAUACCAUCUUGUCCUGCACUCAGUAUGAUCAUUAAUAAUAUUUUUUAUAUAGACAAACGUCUUUGUUGUGGCUUUCACUGUCUCAGUGAGUCCAUCAGGAGGUCCAUGUGUGCAACUGGUGGAGUAUGGGUAAGGGGGUGCACACUGGGGACCCCUGUUUUACUCUUUAUAUCAGUUUUAUUUAUUUCCAGUGUGAAAGCGAUUUUAAUGAUAAAAUGAAUCAAGUCAUUAUUAAAAUUCAUGUUUCAGUGA